GAGCAUAGAUAUAUUAUUAUCAUAAAAGCAAUUCGUGCUUCUUCAUGGAAGCUUACUUUCUUUGACCGCCAGCUUUACGUGGUGGUUGUUCUUAUUUAUGCUCUCAGAAGGAGGAGAAAAGAAAUGCAAACACAACCUUUAUGAGUGUAUAAAGGACUUCGACUUUCACACAGAACUGAAAAGGAGAAUUCAAACCUACCAUGCUUUGAAUUUCUCAAAAACUCGUGGAUAAACCCAAAAAAACAAAAAAGAAAACUUUGAAACUUACUUAUUCGCCAACCUUUAUUUUCCAAAUCGAAGAUACGCACUUACAGUGGAGUUUUUGUCUUCCCCAGAGUCCAUAUAUAAGCAAAGACUUAAAAAUUGAAGUGUGGGGGUUAUCUGCUGCUCCAUGGGAUUAUCACUUUCAUUACUCCAAUCUGCCUGGGAAGAAAUUGUUAGACAUUGUCUCUUUGAUUCCAAAGAUUGGACUUUGAUUUUGAGGGCAUCAAGCUUCAAGAAAAGGGAAUCAGAAACUGCUAAUGUUUUGCCAAAUGGGUCCAACAAGAUGAGCAACCGGUUGAGGGAUAACAGACCCCAAGAUAUGAUCCUUGAAUCGUUUGUUCAAGAUAAGGGGAACAUGGAUUGGGAUACUCUUGCAAGCAAAAGUGAAUUCAAACAUAAACCAGUGCCUGUGCUUUCUCUGCCUGAAAAAGUGGUUUUCGCUUUUCCUCGACCUACUUGUGAGCUUGAUGCUGCUGCAACUAAACUUCAAAAAGUGUACAAGAGUUACCGUACGAGAAGAAAUCUUGCAGAUUGUGCUGUGGUUGUGGAGGAGCUAUGGUGGAAGGCUUUAGACUUUGCUGCUCUCAAACGUAGUUCUAUUUCAUUCUUUGAUGUCCAAAAACCAGAAACCGCUGUGUCAAGGUGGGCAAGAGCAAGGACAAGAGCAGCUAAGGUUGGCAAAGGUUUGUCCAAAGAUGACAAGGCACAAAAGCUAGCUCUACAACAUUGGCUUGAAGCUAUUGACCCACGUCAUCGCUAUGGACACAAUUUGCACAUAUACUAUGACAUUUGGUUCGAAAGCCAAAGCACUCAACCGUUUUUCUAUUGGUUGGAUGUUGGGGACGGUAAGGAAAUAAAUCUUGAGAAAUGCCCAAGAAGCACUCUACAACGCCAAUGCAUUGAAUAUCUUGGACCGAAAGAAAGGGAAGAAUAUGAAGUAAUAGUUGAAAAUGGAAAGCUUGUUUACAGACAAAAUGGUAGUUUUGUAGAGACUGAUGAGAAAUCCAAAUGGAUAUUUGUUCUUAGCACCACAAGGGCCUUGUAUGUGGGGCGAAAGCAAAAGGGUACAUUUCAGCACUCAAGCUUUCUAGCUGGGGGUGCAACCACAGCAGCUGGCAGAUUAGUGGCCCAUCAAGGUGCCCUUAAGGCUAUUUGGCCAUAUAGUGGUCACUACCACCCAACAGAAGAGAACUUCAAAGAAUUCAUAAGCUUUCUUGAGGAGCACAAAGUAGACCUCACCGAUGUAAAGAGAUUUGCUAUAGAUGAUGAUGCUCCUUCGCUUGUUGGGACUACUUCAUUUAUUGCCACUGAUGAAUCACAACAAACCAUGGGUCCUAUUCUAACAUCUAACUCAACUGCAAUCAAUGACAAUGAUAGCAACGUGGCAACAAUGCAUAAAAACGAUGACAAUGAUGCGGCGUUAUUUAACGUGUCUAAGAGGUUGUCUUGCAAGUGGUCCACUGGGGCAGGACCUCGUAUUGGGUGUGUCCGUGACUAUCCUGGACACUUGCAAUCCAGGGCAUUGGAGCAAGUCAAUUUGUCUCCAAGGUCCACUUCUUCAAGAGUAACAAACUAUGGCCCAAUCCCCUCUCCCAGGCCCAGCCCAAAAGUUAGGAUGUCCCCUAGGCUUGCAUACAUGGGAUUGCCCAGUCCAAGAAACCCAAUUCCAACUGCGAGUUAAAGGAUGCACAAUCAUUAGUUAGGACCUUUCGUUGACCAAAAAUUGGUCAUCUCUGCUAUGGUGAAAGAAGAGGGCACUUUCUUGCGGCGGCAACUAGUACAUCAUGAGAUUAUAAUUCAUAGGACUAACCAAAACUCUUGUAUCUUUGUUUGAAUUCAAAAUUCAUUUAUUUCUUCAUUUUUCAGGAAUUUGGAUUUAGCACAUUGGAUCCUUCCACUUUUCUGCCUCUUUCGUUUUUGGGAAGGCAGAAAAAGAUUCAAUUGAUUUUUUACUGUACGCUUAGUUCACAUUAUAUAUAAAGCAGUAUAAACUCAUUUAUUGCCUU